GCCCGGACCGGAAAUGUGUAAGCCCUUGUCACUUCCGGAAACUCCGAACGCCCCAAAUCAAGUGAAAUCUGCAGCAGGUGUGUCCAAUGAUGUGGCAAUUGCAGACAGGGCAGUUCGUGAGUAUAAAGAGGGCAUCGAGGAUACAGGAAGGCGUUGUUUUUGCCUCCCAAGGAACGCCACGAGUGGGACGGAGUGUUUGGGCGCUGGAGUAGGGUGAAGCAGAAGAGAGUAAUUGUGGAGUCGCUAAGCGAAUUGGAGGAUUUGAAAACGGCCACUGGAACAGGUUUGCCAAAGUGAAGUUUAUGGAAAGAAGUCGUACUCACUCGUGUCUGUUGUACGAAGGUGCCGUAGGGAAAUAGUGACAUUGUGGAACAACGAAGACAUUUCUGGGCGUCUGCACGAAGCUGGGGAGAGAAAGAGAGCGGGAGAAGAUCAGUAUUACGAAGACUGUGAGUACAUUGGAUUGCUUAGAUUGGUUGUCUUAUAUCUGGAUGAGAAAAAGAGCGGGAGAGAAGAUCAGUAUCACGAAGACUCUUGUUGAGCGGCCCCAUCGUUGGAGGACGAGACGAGUGGGUGAGCCGAAGUAGAGCGUGGGUGAAUGGAUGUUAUUUGGCUGUGGCCACACCGUAAAGUUUGGAGCACUUACCGUGACAGCGACUGCAAAUUCCUCCAGGACGAAAUCCGACCGGGUGUGGAGUACCGACCUUAAAAAUCACUGAAGUGUGUGUAGUGCAGUGGGUGAGUCUGUCUUUGACGUGUGUGCACUAAAGCUUUGCAGUGCUGUGCCGUGUCCCUGUUGUCUGUACUUGCCCUCCAGGCCGAGAAAAGUUCCUGUUGGAAAGAACGUAGGCUGCCGUGGCGGUGCCCACCUAUCCCACCUACGCCCGCCUAUAACUCCGUUCUCCGGACCCAGCUCGAAGGGAUUUGGGUGUUACCUUAUAUCUACCUAGGAGGUCUAUGGGAGUGGAGGAGCUGUCUAGACGCUGGAGAAGAGAAGGGCGCCACGGGAAAUCAAGCAGUUAAGGAAGGACUUAGGAUUAGUCAGGAGACUGGUGGAAGUUCUGGGAAAGGACGGAAGAGCCCUUGCCCCCCCCCCUCCCCUGGUGAUUACUUACCAAAGACCUCCAGAGUUCUCAGGCCCAGUCCACUCCUGUCAAGAGACGAAAAUCAAAGUUUUAGAUUCCCCUUUUCUCCUUUCCUAGAUUACCUUUUUAAAUAAUUUAAAUAAAGUUGUUUUAAAUUCCCUUAACUUAUCUUGUGUGUCUGGUCCUUGGGGUGAUCUUGGGACCUCCUCGAGGUGGAAGUCGGGAAGGGGCGUGACUCGCAACACCUGUGGUCCGCUCCGACCUGUGACAGAUUUUGGCGUAGUCGGCAGGAUUCCACCUCGAGUGGAGCGACCAAGGUCCCCCAAUGGCCGACAACGAGCUGCCAGGAGUCCCGCCCCGAGUCAUGCCUGUGUUUAUGGGAAACCCAUGGGUCCAGAAAUAUGGCGGCACCGAAUCAGAGGUGAGACUAUCUGAAUGGAGAGCCCAGAUUGAGUAUUUGGCCGGGCUUCAAGGGUUGAGUGCAGCCCAACAGCUACAGUUUGUACUGAACUCCUUGGAAGGGGAAGCGCAGCGCGAAGUCCAGGCCGCCCCGGAAGCUGUGCGGUCUACGGCCCAGUCCGUCUUUAACUUUCUGUCCGAGCAAUACGGAGACACCACCCCCGUUGCCGUCCUCCGAGCUCAGUUCUUUAGUUGCAAACAAGGACCCCGGCAGCCUAUACGAGCCUAUGCACUACGACUUCGGGAGCAGCUCACCAGAUUGCAAAAAUGUCCAGAUCACGGCCUGGAGGAUGGAGAGAUCCUUCUGAGGGAUCAGUUCCUACUAGGACUGCGGGAAGGCCCAGUGCGGCAGAGCCUACGGGUACAGUUCCGAAGAGAUCCUGAACUGACGUUUGAAGAUCUGAAGAAGGAGGCAGUUGCCUUAGAGCUCGACCAGGUUGAGGUUAAAGAUUCCCCUGUGUGUGCGGCCGUAAGAAGUAGUGCAGCUGCCCCUCCCGAAGUGGAUUGGAAACAGACAUUAAGGACCGAGCUCAUGAAGGAUGUCCGUGAACAGAUGAAAGAGCUGUCUAAAACGCUGUUGGAGGAAUUGCGGCAGGGGGCCCCCUAGCCAGGAGGUAAGGCACGCCCCUCGAGAGCGAGCGUAUUCCGAUGGUGGCCGGGACCCGGGGAGACGAUUGAGUCGGCCGGCUCGCCCACGCUUUGAAUGGGACGAACAGGGGCGGCCCAUCUGCAACCGUUGUGGGGAGGCCGGACAUUACAGCCGACAGUGCGGACCUCGAAGAGGCUCGAUGGGGGGUUUUUAGGACGACCGGCCACAGUGGGUCAUGUGGUCGGGCCCCCUUUAGAAGACCCAUCUCGAACAACGGAUUCGAAGGGCGGAUUGAUUGGACGGAGUCCGGUGGUGGAAGCGAAGGUAUGC